CAAAUCAUGCCUUGUCAUCUCCAGGGCAGCACAGACAUUCUGAUGCCCUCUCAGCAAUGCCUACACUCAGCUCUCCAACCCACAUAAGACAUUAGGCUUGAACACAGAGGACACCACAAAAGACUCCAGGUAUCACAGCAUCCUGGUCAGAGGUCUCCAUGACGAAGACAUCAACAUGCAUAUACCACUUUCUCGUCUUAAACUGGUAUAUUUUUCUCAAUUACUACAUCCCACAACAUGGAACGGAUCAUGAGAGAUCACAACUCUUUCAAGGUGGUGUACAGUCCAAAUACUUGACGCUCCUGAAUCUGCUCUUGCAGGCCAUUUUCUUUGGGGUCGCCUGCUUGGAUGAUGUGCUGAAACGAAUUCAAGGAAGAAAAGACAUUAAGUUCAUCACUGCCUUCAGAGAUCUGCUUUUUACCACGCUGGCUUUUCCAUUGUCCACCUUCGUAUUUUUGGCAUUCUGGAGCCUCUUUUUUUAUGAUCGAAAUCUCAUUUACCCCAAGGCCCUGGAUAACAUCUUUCCAGUAUGGCUGAAUCAUGCAAUGCACACCUGCAUAUUGCCUUUCUCAUUGGUUGAAGUCAUCCUGAGACCACAUCACUAUCCAACGAAAAGUACAGGACUCAUCUUGUUGGCUGCUGGUGUUUUCAGUUACAUAACCAGGGUCAUCUGGCUCCACUUUCAGACCGGUACGUGGGUAUAUCCUUUGUUUGCCACACUCAGCCCCCUGGGAAUAGCAGCCUUCUUCUCUCUCAGCUACAUCUUGAGUGCCAGCAUCUACCUGCUUGGAGAGAAGCUCAACUACUGGAAAUGGGGUGGCAUGAUGCAGCCAUGGAUGAAGAAGAAGUGAUUGUACACCACUUCCUAAGAGCCAAGGAGGAAGAGAAAACUAGAGUCUUUAAUCUCUUAAGAACCAAUAUUAUCUCUAUUGCUGAGGGGUGGAAGGUAGAUAAGUAGAAAGGGCAGAGAGUGGCCUUUAACUAAUACAGGGUUAUAAUGGUAACUUCACUAGAAGGCAGAUUUUUGGAAAGGUGGAAUGCAUGGUCUAGAAACAACUCCUGCUGUCUCUGAAUUUGUAUCUUUAUAUGACCUCUACCAGGAAUGUUCUCUUGAACAAAUAUGGAUAUUGAAAUGCCUAUGAACUUGGCAUGAUAGUAAGUUUUAGAGGAGGAUGGAGGAAUUAGACUCAUAGAAAUAGUUCACCUUACAGAAGAUGAUGGAGAGGACCAGAUAGCAGUCAUGGGGGUCUAAAUGCAGACCUGACUCCUGCUUCCCAGAUUUCCUAACUCCAAGAUCUAAGCCAUU